AUUUUAUACUGUUUAUCCUUUUCGAUCGCGAUGGUGUUAAUUUUAAUUUCGGGCCCUCAAAUUCUUCAUUUCCUAAAUUUGAAAAUCUGAUGCUUCAGUUCCUAAUAAUAAAAAUCAGCUUGCUCAUCCAGAUAAAUCAUCUCAGUCAGCUGUUCGCCAUUAAUGUCUCUCUCAAGAGUUUGCUUCCUCUUUGGUUCUUGGAUAAAUUAAUUGCUUUUGGUUCGGGUCACAACUUCCAUUCCAGUCUUCAAAUCCGGAGAAUUAUAUAGGCCAAGAGUCUAAGUCAAUGGCUUGAACGGUGUCAACUCGGCAUUGUUCGGAGCUUUUAAGGAAGCAAAGAUUUAUCGGGGUUUAUCGAUUUGAGCAGAGGGUUUCUAUUGAUUUGCUACAAUUUGAAAAAAAAAAAAGAAAGAGAAAGAAGAUGGAAAUGAUUUCUGUAUCAUUAAAUUCUAGAACUCGGAGCUCCUUAGAGGAGAUGCUAGAUUCUCUCCAGCGGAGUGAAGAGAACGAGACGCCCAAGGACUUGCCGCCGGCUCUUCCAGCCCGGCCCAAACCAACAUAUCGGGCCCGCCUUCCAUCAGCCAAGCGACCCUUGCCAACCAGUUUUGGACCCGAUCAUGAAUCAGGGCCGGCUCAGAGCCUGUCGAGUUUCUGUGUGAAGGAGGGAGAAGGAAAAGGAAGGGAGAAGAACAGUUUUGGGGCUAGAAAAGCUAGAGGUGCGGGGUCGGGGGAAUCACCUUAUGUAUUUCCGCUGGCAGAGUCAGAAGACGAGCCCAGCCAGUUGUAUGAUAACAUGUCGUAUUUCAUUGAAAAGGGUACUGAUGAUGUGCAUGAUAUCGAUAUAAAUAACCUUUAUUCGGAAUAUCUGGGACAUCUGGGGAGUGUUUGUAAGAAACUUCGUGUUUGGUGUCAACCACAUAAUGGUGUCUGGAAAUCUGGGCAAAUAAAAUCAGUUUCAAGGGAGAAAGCUUUUGUUCUGCUCUUGGAUGGAAGUGUUGUGACUGUUUCCAUACAAGAGCUCUUACCUGCCAAUGCUGACAUUCUCAAUGGAGUGGAUGAUCUUUUGCAGCUUAGUUAUUUGAACGAGCCUUCAGUUCUCCACAAUCUUCAUUACAGAUACUCGAAAGACAUUAUAUAUAGUAAGGCGGGCCCCAUAUUGGUGGCAGUCAAUCCUUUCAAAGACGUCCAGCUAUAUGGGGAUGACAUUGUUACAGCUUACAGACAGAGGCUUUUGGACAGUCCUCAUGUUUAUGCUGUUGCUGAUGCAGCAUACAGCGAAAUGAUGACAGAGGAAACAAAUCAAUCUAUCAUCAUAAGUGGAGAGAGUGGGGCUGGGAAGACUGAAACAGCUAAAAUUGCGGUGAAAUAUUUGGCAGCACUUAAUGGGGGUGGUGGUGGAAUAGGGACUGACAUCUUGAAAGCAAGCUGUAUACUGGAGGCAUUUGGCAAUGCAAAAACAGCCUGUAAUAACAACUCCAGCAGAUUUGGAGAAUUAAUUGAAAUCCACUUCAGUGCUAGUGGACAAAUAUGUGGUGCUAAAAUACAAAUAUAUAGAUUGAGGUUAAAAAGGGCAUCUGACUACAAGUAUCUCAAUCAGGGUGAUUGCUUGGAGAUCGACAACAUUGAUGAUGCUCAGAAGUUUCACGUUCUUAUGGGAGCAUUAGAUACCUUAAAAAUUUGCAAAGAAGAUCAGGAGAAUGCCUUUGAGAUGCUUGCAGCAGUGUUGUGGCUGGGAAACAUAUCAUUUCUUGUAACUGACAAGCAAAACCACAUAGAGGUUGUAGCUGAUGAAGCUCUCACCAAUGCUGCUAGCAUGAUAGGUUGUGCUGAGCAGGACCUAAUGCUUGCUUUAUCAACCCGCAAAGUAAAAGCUGGAAAGGAUGAAGUCACCAAAACUCUGACCCUACAUCAGGCAGUUGAUACCAGAGACGCAUUGGCGAAGUUUAUCUACUCGAGCUUGUUUGACUGGUUGGUCGAAAAGAUAAACUUAUCACUAACCAUGGGCAAACAUGACACCAGAGGAGUCAUAAAUAUUCUCGAUAUAUAUGGUUUUGAAUCUUGUAAGAAAAAUAGCUUGGAACAGCUUUGUAUAAAUUAUGCUAACGAGAAGCUCCAGCAGCAUAUUGCUCGGCAUCUCUUCAAACUUGAGAAAGCGGAGUAUGAAUUAGAUGGAGUUGACAGGACAAAAGUAGAAUUUAAAGAUAACAAAGAUUGUUUGGAUCUGUUUGAGAAGAAACCUGCUGGGCUGAUGUCUUUACUAGAUGAAGUGUCAGAUUUUCCCAAGGCUACGGGUUCAACCCUUGCAGCUAAACUUAAUCACCAUUUGAACACUAACCAAUACUUUAAGGAAGAGAAACGUGGAACAUUCAGCAUUCGCCAGUGUGCUGGAGUGGUUAUUUACGACACGUCAGAAUUCUUAGAAAAGAACAGAGACCUAGUGGCUUUGGGUACAACUCAUCUUCUCUCGUCUUGCUCUGCCCAACUUCCUAAAAGUUUUGCUUCUUUGCUGCUUAACAAGUCCCAACAUCAAGAAAGUAAACUGAUGCAAUCCGGCAUGUUAGCUUGCCAGAUGCAACAUGUUGCUACCGGAUUCAAGGCUCAGCUGUUUGAAUUGGUGCAGCAUCUUGAAAAGACAAAACCUCACUUCAUUCAUUGUAUAAAGCCAAACAGGAAGCAGACUCCUGGUCUGUUUGAAAAAGACCUCACCUUGGAGCAGCUUCGAUACUCCGGGAUUUUAGAGGCUGUCCGGAUUUGGAGAUAUGGGUACCCUAUUCGGAUGACCCAUCAAGAAUUUUCUGAAAGGUACGGUGUCUUACUCCCAGACAAAAUUGCCUUUCAAGAUCCCCUAAGUAUGUCAAUAGCUAUUCUGCAGCAGUUUGGUAUCCGUCCAGAAGUGUACCAAGUUGGUUAUACAAAGUUAUACUUCCGGGCAGGCCAAAUUAGUCCCCUGGAAGAUGUUAGGAGGCAAGUUCUGCAAGGUAAAGUUGAGGUGCAGAAGUUUUUUCAGGAUAAUAGUCGUAGAGACAUCCAUAUACUCAAAAGAGCAGCAGUAACAUUGCAAUCAUAUGUUCGUGCUGAAAUUGCAAGGAAGAAAUACAGUUCACUCCAGCAGAAAAGGCAGGCUGCUCGUGAGAAGCUGGAUAAGCACCUAAUUGCAGUUGUGCAGAUACAAUCUGUAAUUCGUGGAUUUUUGGCCCGAAAGCAUUUUAGCCAUCCCAGGAGUUCAGAGCAAGUAAAUGUCAGUAAACCUAAACCAGGCAGUAAGAUUCCUGAAGUCAAGGAUCAAUCAUCUAAAAAAUUACCUCCGGUUGUCGAAGAACUUCAGAAGCGGAUAUGGGUAGCUGAGGCAACAAUAGGACACCAGGAAAAAGAGAAUGCAGAUCUGAAAGAGCAGGUAAAACAAUUUGAGGCACGCUGGUUGGAAUAUGAAGCCAAGAUGAAAACCAUGGAGGACAUGUGGCAAAAGCAGAUUGCAUCGCUACAGAUGAGUCUAGCUGAAUCAAAAAGGAGUGUAGGUGCUGACAAUAGCGUACGCCAAUCUGGGGCCAUGUCACCUCAUUAUUACGAUUCUGAGGACACGUCACUGGGAACUCAUACUCCAGGUGGCAGCACACCUAUCAGAUUUCUUAACAACGGGUUAGAUGGUGCAACAAACGGAUGCUUAAAUCCGGUCAGUCUACUCGUGAAGGAGUUUGAACAAAGGAAGCAGAAUUUUGAUGAGGAAGCUCAUGCCAUUAUGGAGGUGAAUUCUGGGCAUUUGAAUUCUUUGAAUCCCAUAGAGGAAUUCAGGAGGCUGAAACAUAGGUUCGAAGCUUGGAAGAAAGACUAUAAGCUCCGAUUAAAGGAGGCAAAGGACAAAGUGCACAGGAUGGCACACAGUGAGGCUGAGAAGCAUAAAAGAAAAUGGUGGGGAAAGAGAAGUAAAAGAUGAUAGCAAUACUUUUUGUUUUUGCAUCGACAAACUCUUCUGUUUUUAAGGUGUUCAUGGGAUGACUAGUUGAGUGUACAUACAAACAUUUAUAGAUUUUGUUGUAGCAGGGAGCCUAGUUGAAUGUGAUUACUGUAGGAAGAUGUUGGAAGAGAUGUACUGAAAAUUGUUUCUCCUGUCCUGUAAGAAGAAACUCAUGCCAUAUGAAAACAAGUAUAUUCAAACUGGUUUAAUUAAUAUUAAUUUUUAUUUAUUUUAUAUCUAUAAUAUAUAA